AUGAAUGGCGUGAAGGAUUUUACACGAUCUAACCCGUCUAUUCGAUCAUACACUCUGGAGAAAUAUCAGAUGCUUCGUUUUGAAGUCACUUCGCCAUCUGGCUUGACUUUAGUUUCUGGUGCUGCUGAAGUUUUUGGUACUGAACUCGUUUGUGGUUGGGAGUUACAGUUAUAUCCAGGUCAACGAGGAACAGUUGUUACAUUCCAUGGUUGUAAACUGAUUGUUCAAGACCAGGGAGUUGCUGCCUAUAUAAUCGCGUCAUCUGAAGAUCAAGAAAUUGUGCACGUAUAUAUGAACAUUCAUGCAAACCUAGAAGUUUCACGACAAAAAGCUGUAAAGGAGCAAAGUAGAGGACCACGCGUAUUAGUAUGUGGUCAAGAAAGUGUUGGGAAGUCUACACUUUGUCGCACUUUGGCAAGUUAUGCGGCCCGUAGAAAACACAAGCCAAUACUUGUAGAUGUUAACGUCGGACUUAACCAGGUGUGUAUACCAGCAACUAUUGCCGCAAUAAGUGUUACUAAACCAUAUGAUUUGAUGGAAGGGUGGAGUCUAGAGGAAGAUCCGCUAGUGUUUUGUUUCGGUCACACCGAUCCCGCAAGUAACUUAAAUCUUUUUCGAGAACAAGUCAAUCGACUAGCUGAACUUAUCAAUAUUCGUUCUGAAAAUGAUAUGAGUAUAUUCACUAGCGGUUGUAUAAUCAAUAUGAGUGGAUUUCGUAAAGAUGAUUCAGAUGGUGGGUCAAGUAAAGAAAAGGGUAUACAAGCCAUACGAACGACUGCUGCAGCUUUCGAAGUUGACACAUUAUUGGUCAUAGAAGAUGGAUUUUUGGCUUCGUUCCUGCGUGAAGAUCUUCCUCCCGAGGUAACUAUAGUAAGAUUGCCCAAAUCAUCAGGUGCUAUAACUAGAAGUCUAGAUCAGUGGACACGUCAGCGAGAUUCUCGAGUCUGCACCUAUUUACAUGGCGAAAACCCCUUGAGACGUCUACAUCCACAUCAAAUAACGCUUAAAUCUUCUGAGUAUUCAAUUUACAAAGUUGGAACUGAGGCUAUUCCCGAUGCACUUCUCCCACAUGGAGCACAAGAAGAGGAAACAUGGCGUAAUCCCAUCCAGGUUUCAGUUAGUCGAGAUUUGAAAAAUCGUCUGUUGGCAGUUUCUCAAGCUUCAGAACCUUAUCAAGUUCCAGAAGCUCCUGUUUAUGGAUUUGUCGUAGUUGUCAAUGUUUCCGAGGACAAGUCCACAUUCUCCAUACUCAGCCCAAGUCCACAUCCUCCUCCAAAUAAUCUAUUUUUAUUAACCAGUAUUUGUUACGUCGAUCCUGAGUCAUUGUAA